AUGACGGAUGAUAUUGUCGAACAAGAAUAUCAAGAAUUUGAACAAAUCCCAAGGGUGGCACGAAGGCCCCCUGUGGUAAUGGUUAACCGUAACCAGGAUCCUGACCAGGUGGUCAGACAAGUUCGACACGAAGCAGCCAUAGGGGAACAAAAUCUAGAAGCUAUCGUCAAAUGGAUCAUAGUACGAAACGGAAUAAGUCCCUGCCUACAGCGGCCGACUUACUCUUCACCUCUACCAGAUUUUGACUUACAGACAAAAAUGCCUAGGGGGUGGAAAGUCCCGAAAUUUACCAAGUUCGCUGGGGAUACUGAGGAGUCCACUAUCGAACAUGUGGUCAGGUACCAAACCGAGGCUGGAGACAUAGCGAACAAUGAGGAUUUAAAGUUAAAAUACUUCCUAAGUUCUAUUACAAAGAACAUAUUUACGUGGUUCACAAUGCUACCUCCACAGUCAAUCCAAACGUGGACACAGUUGGAAAGAUUAUUCCAUGAACAAUUUUACAUGGGGCAAUCGAAGAUUAGCCUCAAAGAACUAGCUAGCGUUAAGUGGAAGGUUACUGAGUCAGUCGAUCAAUACCUAAACAAGUUUAGACUGUUGAAAGCACGAUGUUUUACUCAAGUUCCUGAGCACAAAUUAGUUGAGAUUGCGGCUGGGGGUUUAGAUUAUUCUAUAAGUAAAAAGUUGGAUACUCAGUAUCUUAGAGAUAUGGCCCAAUUGGCCGACAGAGUUCGACGUAUCGAACGCAUGAAAGCCGAGAAGUCCAAGACGGGUGGAUAUCAUAAGAAGGAAAAAGUGUUUUAUAUCGCAGUCGAAUGGGGUUCUUCCAACGACGAAGAUAUAAUCGAUAGAAGCGAGGUUAACAUGGCAGAGCUUAAGCCCGGGCCUCCAUAUGCGUGUAAGGUCUUAAAAUCCUCGAAUGGGAAAAAACAUGUCUGUAGCGAGUGUUGUCAACUAAAAUACGACAUGGUAUCCGAAGUCUCUGAAACAGAGGGAGAUUUUGUGCCAGAUGAGACAGACGGAGGAAAAACUCUGUGCUACUAUGUCAUGAAUAGAGGUGUGGUGGAAGAAUAG